AUGGGGGUGGGCGGGGGCCCGCGGGACCCGCACCCCAAGGACAUCCCGGAGGUCCCUGUGCUCCCCCCAGGAGCCCUAACAGGAAUCCCCGGUCCGGCGGGAGGGUGGCGGGACGCGGCGGGCGCCUCAGAUAAUGCCAUGGAGGGGGGGGCUCAGCAGAGCAGCCUCCGGGAGCCCCCCGGGCCGGAGCAGGAGGGGCUCCCCAGCGAGUGGGACGGGGGCGAGGGGCCGCCCGAGGUCAAGCGCUCCCAGCCCCUCUUCAUCCACGGCAGCAGCCGGACCCCGCCCCAGGAGGAGCCGCGCGCGUCGUCGCUGCCCACCAUUCCCAACCCCUUCCCGGAGCUCUGCAGCCCCUCCAACUCGCCCAUCCUCAGCAGCCCCGCCCUGGGGCAGGGACCCCCCCGCGAGGGCACCUCCCACGUGGUGAAGGUGUUCGGCGAGGACGGCGCCUGCCGGUCCCUGGAGGCCUCGGCGGGCACCACGGCCCGGCAGCUCUGCGAGACCCUGGUGCGCAGGACGCGGGCGAUCCACGACCACAGCUGGGCCCUGGUGGAGCUGCACCCUCACCUGGCCCUGGAGCGGUGCCUGGAGGACCACGAGGCCGUGGUGGAGGUGCAGAGCUCCUGGGCCGCCGGCGCCGAGAGCCGCUUCGUGUUCCGCAAGAACUUCGCCAAGUACGAGCUCUUCAAGAGCAACGUGCAGUCGCUGUUCCCCGAGGUGAUGGUGUCCAGCUGCCUGGAGGCCAACAAGAGCAUGGCACACUCCGAGCUCAUCCAGAACUUCCUCAACUCCGGGAGCUGCCCAGAGGUCCAGGGGUUCCUGCAGCUGCGGGAGCCCGGGCGCAAGGUCUGGAAGCGCUUUCACUUCUCCCUGCGCCGCUCGGGGCUCUACUACUCCACCAAGGGCACCUCCAAGGACCCCCGGCACCUCCAGUACUUCGCUGACCUCACCGAGUCCAACAUCUACUACGUGACCCAGGGCAAGAAGCUCUACGGGACCCCCACCGAGUUCGGCUUCUGCAUCAAGCCCCACAAGGUGCGGGGCGGCGUGAAGGGCCUGAAGCUGCUCUGCAGUGAGGACGAGCAGAGCCGGAGCUGCUGGAUGGCGGCGUUUCGGCUCUUCAAGUACGGGAUGCAGCUCUACCGCAACUACCAGCAAGCGCAGGCGCGGCUGAGCCAACCCCCCUGGAUCGGCCCCACGCCCCUGAGAAGCGUCUCUGACAAUGCCCUGGUGGCCAUGGACUUCUCGGGGUGCACGGGCCGGGUGAUCGAGAACCCCAGCGAGGUGCUGACGGCGGCCCUGGAGGAGGCACAGGCCUGGAGGAAGAAGACGACGCACCGGUACAGCCUGCCCGCCGCCUGCCACAGCUCCCCGCUCAGCGCCGCCAUCCACCGCACCCAGCCCUGGUUCCACGGGCGCAUCUCCCGCGAGGACACCCAGCAGCUCAUCGGCCGCCAGGGCCUGGUGGACGGCGUCUUCCUGGUGCGGGAGAGCCAACGGAACCCCAAGGGCUUCGUGCUGUCCCUGUGCCACCUGCAGCGCAUCAAACACUACCUCAUCCUGCCCAGCGAGGAGGAGGGUCGGCUCUACUUCACCAUGGACGACGGGCAGACGCGCUUCGCCGACCUCAUCCAGCUCGUGGAGUUCCACCAGAUCAACCGGGGCAUCCUGCCCUGCAAACUGCGCCACUACUGCACCUGCGUGGCCCUCUGAGCCCCGGGGCACCGCACGCCCUGGC